AUGGAUAAAAUAGAAAAAAUCUAUGACUACAUCAGAGAAAAAGGAAGCAAACAAUUAUUCAUCCUAAUCUCGAUACAAAUGUCAUUCCUAAUAAUAUCAUGCAUCACCUUCAUAAUACUUGAAAACAAUUAAAGUGAUGCAGAAUACCGAAGAGAAAAUUUAUACAAAUGGUUGAUUUUAUUAUUGUUUAGUUUAUCCUAAUUUUAUUAUGCCUGGCAUUCAGUAAUUAUUGAUGAUAUUAAAUAAGAUUAUCAAAAAAAAUAUGUUAGAAUUGCUUGCUUAUCUAAUAAUAUCUAUAUGCACAACCACAGCUAGUACAUUACGAUAUUUCUACAUCAGUAUGAAUGAAGAGUUAGACCACAAAAUAGUAAAUAAUUAUUAUAGACUUAGUUGGUUUAAACUGUUUGUUACGUAUAUAUUGGUUUUUCAAUAUUUGUGCAAGUAGUGGGAUUAAUUUCAUAUAAAUACUUUAUAGAGGCCUUCAGAGGAGAAAUAUUUACGAAAAUAGGAGCCUCUGUAAAUGAGUAGAAUAAGUUUAAAUGGUUUACUUCAUUUGAAUGCCUUCUAGAAGUUUAUGCUUAACUAACACUUUUGAUCUUUGUCACAUUUUUUUUUUUCUUUGAUACUUCAAUAGAUGACCAGAAAUAGGUUCACCUUAUUGCAGAUAUCUGUGCUAUAGUAAUAAUUAUAAUAGGAUUUGUCAUUGGAGAUAUAGGAGUAAAUUAUAAUAUUAUUAAAAGGUGAAAAAAAGACAACUCAAAUUAGUCUAUAUAUAUUUUGGAGUUGCUUUCCUGAUUUGCAUUGCUGAGAAUGUUAAACUGUUUUUGUUUUUAUAGUAUUAUGAUUAUUAAUUCGAAAAAAUACAUUUAGAUUGGGCAACAUUUUCAAUAAUCACAAUCAUUUUCUCAAGCAGCAUUAUUGUAUUGGUAAAAAUAUCUAAUAAACAUUAAAGGGAUUUAAUUUCUAUUAUGGAUAUAAAUGUGUCUAGUUGAAAUUGAUGGAUAUCAAAACAUUUGAUGUGGAUAAAAAUUCGAAAGAUCAUUUUUUAUCAUAAUAUGACUACUGA